AUGAACAGCACAAAAUUCAGACCAUGGAGCAGGCACUUGAACAAAUUAGACAAGGGAAAGUCUUCAAAAGGAAGAAUAUAUUCUAUGAAUCUGAGAAGCUUUUUAUGGUAGAAACCUGUAAUAAGCCAACUGCCACUAUUGGCAAGACAACUCAAAUACUACAAGAUUUCCAUAAAAAGUCUAACCUCAGUAUACAUCAACAAAGUCCCAAAAGAGAGAACGUUUAUAAAUAUAUUGGGCCUGUGGAACCUGUCAUUUACCAAUCAUAUGUUAGAAUGAAUCAUAGACAAAAUAUAGAGAAGAAAUCCUAUGCUUGUAAAACUUGUGGGAAGUCAUUCAGUAAUAAAUUCUGCCAUCCCCUCCAUCACAGCACUCAUAUAGUGGAAAACCCUCAUGUGUGUAAUGAUUGUGGAGAAACCACUCACCAGAAGUCAGGUGUCAUUAGACAUCAGAGAAUUCACACAGGGUUGAAAUCUUAUAAAGGUAAUGACUGUGGGAAGUUCUUUGGCCAGAAGAAACACCUCAUAAAUCAUCAGAGAAUUCACACAGGGGAGAAACCUUAUGAAUGUAAUUAUUGUGGAAAAACUUUUGGCCAGAAAUCAACACUCACAAAUCAUCAGAGAAGUCACACAGGGGAGAAGCCUUAUGAGUGCAAUGACUGUGGAAAAGCCUUUGGCUGGAAGUCAAACCUCAUAAAUCAUCAGAGAAGUCACACAGGGGAGAGGCCUUAUGAGUGCAAUGACUGUGGAAAAGCCUUUGGCCAGAAGUCACACCUCAUAAAUCAUAAGAGAAUUCAUACAGGUGAUAAGCCUUAUGAAUGCAAUGACUGUGGAAAAACCUUUGGCCGGAAGUCAAACCUCAGAAAGCAUCAGAGAAGUCACACAGGGGAGAGGCCUUAUGAGUGCAAUGACUGUGGAAAAGCCUUUGGCCAGAAGUCACACCUCAGAAAGCAUCAGAGAAUUCACACAGGGGAUAAGCCUUAUGUAUGUAAUCAUUGUGGAAAAGCCUUUGGCCAGAAGUCAACACUCACAAAUCAUCAGAGAAUUCACACAGGGGAGAAACCUUAUGAAUGCAAUGACUGUGGAAAUGCCUUUAGCCAGAAAUCAACACUCACAAAUCAUCAGAGAAGUCACACAGGGGAGAAACCUUAUAAAUGCAGUGACUGUGGAAAAACCUUUGGUCAGAAUUCAAACCUCAGAAAGCAUCAGAGAAUUCACACAGGGGAUUAGCAUUGUGAAUGCAAUGGCUGUGGAAAAACCUUUGCCCAGAAGCCACACCUCAUAAAUCAUCAGAGAAUUCACACAGGGGAUAAGCCUUAUGAAUGCAAUGACUGUGGAAAAACCUUUGGCCAGAAGUCACAACUCAAAAUGCAUCAGAGAAUUCACACCAUGGAAAAAGCUUAUAAAUGAAAUGACUGUGGAAAAGCCUUUGGUCCCAUCCUUGCAUACCAAGGAUAAAUCCCACUUGGUCUGGGUGGAUGAUCUUUCUGAUGCAUUGUUAGAUUCAAUUGGCCAGAAUUUUGUUGCGGAUCUUUGCAUGUAUGUUCAUCAGGGAAAUUGGUCUAUAAUUACUUUCUCUGUUGUAUUUUUUUCAGGUUUAGGAAUGAAGGUGAUGCUGGCUUCAUAGAAAGAAUUUGGGAGAAUCACCUCUCUCUCAAUUGUUUUGAAUAACUUGAGAAGAAUUGCAGUUAGUUCUUCUUUAAAUGUCUGUCAGAAUUCAGCAGUGAAGCCAUCCAGUCCUGGAAUUUUCUUUGUGGCGAGGGUCUUUAUUACUGAUAUCAUUUCCAUCUGGUUGUGGGUGUGUUUAGUUUUCCUAUAUCUGUGUUGCUCAAUUUAAGUAGGUUUUAUGGAUGUAAG